AAAUAACUAUUCUUCUAUUAGCCUCCAUUGAAUAGCAAAGAAAGUGAGGAAGAGACGCCACGCCAGCGUUUCCCGUCAGAAGUUAAGACCUUUGAUCUGCAUUUCGCUGGCCCUGACACACAGACGCGCGCUCGUUCCUUUCCUUCCUUCAACUUCAGCACCUCGCAUGCGCUUCGUUUCGGCGAAAGAAACAAUCUUUCUAAUUGUUCCUAUUCCUUUUAUUUUUCUGGGAUAAAUAUGGGCACUACAGAGAUUGUGGAUUUAUCUAGCGACGACGAAAGCGGAAAUGUUGGUCCCAUAGCUGUUAAGUUGGAGGAGUCAUAUUUUGUAAUAGGUGCAAAGCCACAAAUUGAGACAGGCAAAGGCACAAUUGCCAAGCAUAAGAGAUCUCGAAGUCAUUCCACUAGACAAGAUUCUGAAGAAAAUAUAAGCUCUAAUGGACCAAGUACAGGUCAUAGCAACUCUAGUGUAUUGGAGCAGGGACUGUCGCCAAUUGAUGACACGGGCCUUUCUUAUGCUUCAUCCAUUGGUGCUGCACCGCUUUGUAGGCAGUUUUGGAAAGCUGGAAACUAUGAUGAUGGGCUUGGUUCUAAAGUCACAGUCCAAAAUGCAAAAAACUAUCUACAUGUACACCCUAUGUUCCUACACUCGAAUGCAACUUCUCAUAAAUGGGCAUUUGGUGCCAUAGCAGAGCUUCUCGAUAAUGCAGUUGACGAGAUCCAAAAUGGGGCUACCUUUGUUAUUGUAGAUAAAACUUCAAAUCCAAGGAAUGGAAGUCCAGCAUUGCUGAUUCAAGAUGAUGGUGGUGGAAUGGAUCCGGAAGCAAUGCGUCGUUGCAUGAGUUUUGGAUUUUCAGAUAAGAAGUCUGAGUUUGCUAUUGGACAGUAUGGAAAUGGCUUCAAAACUAGUAGUAUGAGGCUUGGUGCAGAUGUCAUAGUCUUCAGUCGGCAUGUAAAUAAUAGGAGUAUGACUCAAAGCAUUGGACUUCUAUCAUAUACAUUUUUGACGCGAAAACAGCUUGACAGAAUUGUAGUACCCAUGGUGAAUUAUGAGUUCAAUACAUCAACUGAAUCGUUGGAGAUAUUAAAUGGCAAAGAGCAUUUUGUUUCUAAUUUAUCUUUGCUGUUGUGUUGGUCACCAUUUUCAUCAGAAGCAGAUCUUCUGAAACAAUUUGAAGACAUUGGACCUCAUGGUACUAAAGUUAUUAUCUACAACUUGUGGUUCGAUGAUGACGGUUGUUUGGAGAUGGACUUUGAUAAGGAUCCUAAGGAUAUUCGUAUUGCUGGGGAUAUCAAGAAGAUUGAUACUGUUCCUGCCUGGAAGAGAGUAAAUGAGCAGCACAUUGCUAAUCAGUUUCGUUACUCUUUACGUGUUUACUUGUCCAUAUUGUACUUGCGGUUACCGGAAAGUUUUCAAAUUAUAUUACGAGGGCAAGUUGUGGAGCCACAUAACAUUGCUGAUGAUCUUAAAUAUCCUGAAUAUAUUGUGUAUAGACCACAAGCUGGCGGAUGUGUAGAGGCAACAAUUGUGACAACAAUUGGAUUUCUUAAGGAAGCUCCACAAGUCAAUAUCCAUGGUUUUAAUGUAUAUCACAAAAAUCGGCUGAUACUGCCAUUUUGGCAGGUUGUGAGAUAUUUGGACAGUAGGGGUAGAGGAGUUGUUGGUAUUCUGCAAGCAGAUUUUGUUGAGCCAACUCAUAAUAAACAAGAUUUUGAGAGAACUUCCCUCUUUCAAAAGCUUGAAAUACGAUUGAAGGAAAUGACAUGGGAAUACUGGGAUUUCCAUUGUAAACUAAUCGGAUAUCAAGAAAAGAAACGGCUUCCAGCUCCAGUUACCCCACUGCAUCCAUCACUACAUAAACCUCUUGGUGUAGAAAAACCAGUCAUGCUGAACAAAAGUUUUUCCCCUGUUGUCAAUAGAAAAGCAGCAUUUGGUAAUUGGGAACAACACCCAACAAACCCACGAAGCACAUUGGAGCGAGGAUCUGAUAAUAAAAGGAAGGCAUAUGAAUUGAUAGACCUUCAGAAGAUGAAAAUGCAUGCAGGGGAAGAAAAUGUAAAAGGUGUUGGCUUCAGUCAGAAUAAACAGAUCAUUGCAACUCCUGCUGGCCAGGUGGUAGACCAAGAGACUAUAAGCUUGAUGCAAGAAAAUAAGAAACUACAUGCAAAAUGUUUGGAAUUUGAGAAGACAGGGGAAGAGCUUAAACUCAAGGUGACGAAGCUUAGAAGUAAAAUACAAGAAGCCCAACAUGAGUAUAAACGACUUUUGGCUGAACUAGAGUCCUUAGACGUGAAAGAGGAGUAGUUGUGUCGCUGUAACUCUUGCAGUCUUGCUUCAAUUCAUUCGUUUGUAGAAGUGAUUUGUAUGUAUAGCUUAAUCUUUAGUGCAGUCUGCGGCUUACCAAUUUUGGGGGCACAUAGUGGAUCUCAAGGUCUGAGAUGCAGCCCCGCUUUGUGUGCCUCCUCUCAAAGGUUUUGAGGCAUCUUGUAAGUAGAUGGAAGUGAACCAGAGCUUUGGGAUCUGCCUUGUGUACAUGUAAAAUGUUAAGAAACAUCAGCUAUAAUUAAUUAAGCAUUUGU